AUGGAGGAGGCUCCUUUGAGGAAGUUAUUACUACAUCUUAUUGGUUUUUCUAUUUACGUGCUCAUCGGUGGAGCUGUUUUUAUGCAAAUCGAAAAAGAGGAAGAUCAAAACGCUGCUGAACAAACGUUGGACGAUGUCGUGCUCAAGUGGAUGAAAACAUGUAACAUUUCCAGAGAAAAUGUCACAAACAUGUUACAAGAUUUCCGAAGUUUGAAAGAGAAUGGAUACAAACCAUCAUGGAGCUUUAUUAAUUCAGUCUACUUUGUUCUGCAACUCCUCACGACAAUAGGUAAGGGUUAAAUACUUCGUUUAAUUUAUUUUUUUUUCUUGUGUCAAAUUACACAAUUCAUAAAAGGGAGAGAUGUUUUUAAAAAAUGAUCGGGAUAUACCAAUAUAUCGUGGCUUCAAUAGCAGCAUAAUUAUCCAAACUGUGCUGAACACCAAAUAUUGAAAUGUGUUUUCCGGGGGGGGGGAGGCACUCUUUUAUUCGGCCUAAGCGGGUGAGCCUCUAAACAAUGAAUGAUUUUGAUCAGGGUCUUGAGUCUUAAAGAGCGUAUACAAUUUCACCAUUUCGCUUCUUGAACUGGGUGGUUUUUGUUUUGAACUGGAAGGUUGGCGAUGAGCGAUCUACAUUUGCGGCACCAACAUUUUUUAAAAAUAUCUUAUUCCGUGAUCUUAGUUGGAAAAAUUAGUUUAUUCUGUAUGUACAAACGAAACGAAUCAGGGUAAUAAAGUAAGCUCUCUUUUCUUGAAGUGACUAAGCACAGUUUUUUCCCUGACAUAAACAUUUGUUUUCGCUCGCGCCAAAGACUGACGUGGUCUGGAAAAAUAAAAACUUCGUUGUUUUCGCCCCUUGAAAUGCUUUAUCCCUCUACUGUUAACAUUUUUACUAUGAGAAGACAUGCAGCCAAUGGGAUUUUCUAGUAAAAAUGUGAGGACCAGCUGAGAGAAAUGGCCAGAAGUUGUCUGUAGAAUUUUAUUCUGUUUUCGUCGCUUUUGUCACAUCGCGUGACCCCGGCACGCGCACAAGUUUUGAGCAUGCGUACUUAGCGAAAAAUGUGAGAACGAUUUUUUGUUGACUUUCAUAGACGACGACGACAACGACAACGUCAAAAAUGAAUUGUUUCUAUGAUUAAAACAACAGCUCUGCACGUGCAUCUCGCUUUUUAGUACAUUUCUUUGACGUCCACCGCACUACUACGACGUGAAACCUCUCAAUGCGACGUUUUAUGGAGGACGUGGAGACGACGACAAAGUUUCCUUUCUCUAUUUGAACAUGGAUAAAGUCCUUAAGAAUUCAACUCCAGGAAAGUCGCCUGCAUUUGACGAAUUGAGCGGUUCCAAAUAGACGCGAUUAAGUUUGAAACGAUGCAAAUACAUUUUUUUAGUGAUGUUUUCACUCAGUGCUGUUGUCGUCGUUGUUCCCUUAAGCUCGCUGAAAGAAACGACGAUAUCUCAAAAUCUGCUCAUUAGAAUUUGACGACAUUUGGCAAACUUCUCGGCAAUAUCGCCCUUUAAGGCCUAUCUCUGAAAAAAUUCAUAAGGCAAAAUUUUGCUUGUGCUACUUCUUUUAAAACGCUUAUAUCUCGGCUGUUUUAGAGGCGACUUAGAUAAAAAAUUUCACAGAGACAUUGUGAAAUGAUGGACGUUUCGGAGGCUUGUUUUUUUAUUUGGUAGAUCGCGCUUUACAGGGAUGCUUUAAGCCGCAGUUUUACCAAAUUGGGAAAUCGUGAUUUUGUGUCCAAGUUUGCGGAAAGAAUAGAAGAUAGCACUCUGUGAUUUUAUUAAUAAAUGAUUGGUCAAAACUGCCCUAGUGUGUUUUGUAUUGAGCAGAUUUUGUAAUUUAUGUUUGCCAGCAAGAUAUAAUCGUUUAAACGAGCAAAAUCUGUCCUCCCCGAAAUUAACGCCUUAUAUAUUUUUAUGAAAGCGCUCUUUUAGAAUUCCGCUCUAUACAAAACACUCUACAGUCUCCAAGUUGACCCCUCUGCAGUGCCAGCCCGUGAAGUUUUAUCUGCGCUGAAUUCUUGGACACAAAAUUGUCAGCACGUAUCAAUUUUGUUUAUAAGCUGCAAUGUUUUCAAGGAUUUUUGAGGCGAAAAAAGAAAGUACAAAGUUUUGGUAUUAAAUAGGUUGAAAUUUCUAAAGAUUUCCUUAUUUUCAUUUCCAUAUUAUUAAAAAUCGUAGAGACAAGGUUUGAUUCAGAGCCUGUUUGUUACUUUUGAAUAAACAUUUUGUUCGCAGUCGGCUUGACACAUGUGCGCGUAAACGCUUUAAAUUAUGCGCUCAUCUUUUAUCCAGUUAUGAAUAUCUCGUAAACCUAUCGAUAUCAGCCGUUAUACUUCGUGCAUAAGCUUUAAUUAAAUGCAUAAUAAUGAGCACAAGGUGUCCCCACGACCUUAUCUAAUCAUUGAACACCUGAAAUUAAAGUUGAACAGAGGAUUUUUGUGACACAAUCAAAUCUCACAUGAGAGCUAUUUUGUUAAAAAUUUCAAGAACUAUUUGUUACAAUUCUGUAAAGUUGUUUUUUAAAAAAAUGUGCAAAUUCAUAAGAAAAUCUAAUGACUGGAUUUUGCAUAAACCGGCUGAAUUCACAAUUUUAGGCUUGUGUUAAACCAUUCAUUUUGCCAUGGCAACCAUCGAAAUCUUAGGUUUAACCUAAUAAACGUAGUGUCUUAUAAAUAUGUUUUGUGUGUGACAAAUUUUAAAAGCUUUAUACCUGCAACGAGUCUUAAAUAACACCCCAAUGAAUAUUAACGACUCACAUCACUGGCAUGUAUAUAGGUACCAAACUGUGUCAGCCACCUUAAACAGGGUAGCCAAAUGAACGAUUUUUGUCUUAAAACAGGGUCAGGGUUUGAAGGCCUGCGCGGCACACCUCUGCCAAAACUUCCGGGCGUUUUGUAUCUUCCCGAAAAUUUCACAUUUACCUUGAACAGCGACCACAAAGUCAUACUGUAUAUGUAAUACUGUGUAUGUAUAUGUUAAUGUACCCUCUGUAUAUGUUGCAGCGUGCAGCCACGUCGAACGAAAUUUGUUGUGCGCCACUUUGUUGCUGUAGUUGCAUCAUGACCCCAAGGAAUUUGUUAUUUGUUCUUUUCACUAGGUACUACUGUCUGGAUUUACCCCAAAAUGUCAAUAAUGUUAAAGCAAACUGAUGUUUUGAGUUAAGACGUAAGGUUUAACCAUAGUUAAUUGAGUGGAAUGGUUAUGAAACCCGUCAGACUCCUUUGUUAUAUGUUUUUGUGGACCUGAAAGUGCACAACGUUCAAAAGAAUUCCUAUCAUUUUGAUUGUAUUGACCAAUAAAAACGUUGCAUUAAUUUAUUCCGUAACAGUUUGCCAACAGAAAACAAAGGAUUGUGCACUUUCACGGUGCUUUGAACAUAAACUGCAGCACUGUUGUUUUUAUCAUUGAUGUUUGCCGCUUUUCAUAACCAGUCUCCUCUAAUAACUAUGGUUUAACAUGUUACUGAAAACUGUUUUCUGGACGGUUUUUGUUGACAGGUUAUGGCAACAUAACCCCUGCAACAGAUGUUGGCCAAGUUUUUACCAUUAUCUAUGCAUUUCCUGGAAUCCCAAUCACUCUCCUGGCAUUGCGUGCAGUUGGAAAAUUGGUCAACAUCGGUUUAAAAAAGGCAAACAGACCCCUACACAGAAAACGUCACGGUAUGGCCUGCCCAGAAACCCAAUGUCCUUUCCUGGAAAAAGCAAAUAUGUGCAUCAAUUUAUGUUGCUUCGUUUUAACUUGGGUGGUGGUAACAACAGUUCAAGCGCGUUUGGAACCAGAGAAGUCUGUUGUGUUUAUUGUUUAUUCCAUGUUCGUGACGUACUCCACUGUUGGAUUUGGCGAUUUUAUCCCGUUUGAAAAACACAAAUCCAUUUUUAUCGUAUUUGUUCUGCCUGGCCUGUCCUUUUUAUCGGGUUUGAUUGAUUCUGUUGUCGCUUACUUGGAAAAAAGCAACGUGUUAGGAAAGCGUUGUUAUAAAUGUGUGAGUUACCUGGGAGUAAAAAUGAAAGCAAAAAAGGCAAGAAUAAAUUCCGCCGUAGCGGUUAAGGCCCAAGAAAAUCAAGAUACAGUAGAAACGGAUAUUAAUGCAGAGCACGCCGUGUGA